AUGUGGGCUGCCAGGUUUCCCUUACAAGAAGAAAAAGAGAAAAGACAAAAAGCUGGUCUAUUACGUGAAAAAAAUAGGGUGCAGUUAACAAAGAAAGAAGAGCACUCUAUUAAAGAAGUUGAAAUACACCCACAACUUGAAACCACCAUUAGAACACAAGAUAUGCCACUUGAGAUUAUAAGAGAGAAUGAGGUUUCUGAGAGUUCUGACAGAGAAAAAAGUCUAUUGCAUGAAAAUCGCAUGUUGUGGGAUGCAAUUGCCAAAUUAACACUGGAUAUGGACACAAUAAAAAAUCGAACCCAGGAAAUGGAAAAAAAAUAUAUUGAGGAAAUUGCAAUUGUCAAAGAAAGAAAUGAUCUUUUUGAAAAGAAAAUAAAAGAAAUGGUAUUUCAACACAAUGCAGAACUUGAAGCUCUGGGAGCUGAGUGUAUAAUGCUAAGCCAUAAACUGGAGAGUGAACAACAAAACAGAGGCAGACUGGAAGCAGAGGUUGAAUCAUACCAGUUUAUGCUGGCUACCAUUGUACAGGAUAAUGAGCAUCGUCAGGCAUCAGAAAGAGACCUACAACUUGCUUCCAAGAUAGCAAGAGAUGAAUGGUUGUGUUUAUGGGACAAAAUUAAUUUUGAAAUGUCUAACCUAAAACGUAAAAAUGAGAUUCUUUCUCAACAACUUUCUAAAGAAGGAGGUAAAAUCAAUAGCGUAGAAAAUGAGCUGCGGCACACAACAGAUGCUCACCAAGAAGGGACAUUGCUUUUAGAAAGAGAUCUCAGUCAAAAACAGUGUCAAACGGAGGAAACUGAACACGGGUAUGAAGAGGAACAAGGUAAAGUGGAUAAAGACAUUGCAAAGCAGGAAUCCUUACUGGAGAGGGUAUCUCACCUGCAGAUGGAAAAUAUGCUGCUUCACCAGCAACUAGAACCAGAUUCUGGAAAUCACAAAAAUAUUUGA